ACGAAGGUAUCCGGAUACUUUAGUCACAACGCCGAACCGAGGAAGAGCGACCGAAGAUGAGCUGGCGCGCACAGAUCUCCCGCAACAUCCAAGAGCUCCGUUUCGUAGCAUGCAGUACGUCGGACAGUAGCAAGGGUCUGCGCAAGUUUUUCCGUCGCAACUACGAAGAACUGAAAAUGCUCAAUCCUUGCACCCCGUUCAUCUACCGUGAAGCCGAAGACGUAGAACCGUUCGUCUAUGCCCGAUUCGAUUGGGGUGUCGACAAGCAAGUGUACGUCAAGCACAAGAGCGACGACGACAUUUUGCGUGUACUGAAGGAGAUGAACCAAUUUGGUGAAACCGCUGCGCGGUCCCCCGAAAGCGAUAUCUUAUUGGCUCAACCCAUCAUUGACGGCCGCAUCGGCGAAGACGAGUAUGAGCCCAUUAACAUCACGUGGGACGGCGUGACCAUCCGUCGCAACCCCGACUUCACUGCCCCGUUGAAUGUGGAUGAAGAGGACAUUUAAGCCGUCGUCGAGUGAUGAGUCGUCCAUGGACCCCUCAACCUCUCCCACACACUAACAAUACCAACUUGGCCAUCACAUGAAACAAAACGUUGCUGAGUUCUAUUUGCGA